UACCUGGUCCAUUUUCUCUUUCCCGUUAAUAAAAACACCAACUUUUAUUGCGCCUCUGUCUCUCUCUUUCCCCCACCAGUCACUUCCACAGCUUACUUCCACUUUCCGGCCACUCCAACCGGAACCCUAACCUCAUCCACCGGACUUAACAGCAGAACCAUUGGGGUCUUAAAUUGGGCUUCGAAUGCCAUAGUGUUUUCAGCGUAGUUUUGGUCUCUCAUUUUGCUAACAGCAACUGUUUCUUUGUUUUCUUUAAGCCUCUCCUCAUUGUCUCUCUGGUCUAAGUCUAGCCGUUAGAAAGAAAAAAGAGAACCCUUUUUCACAUUUUCCAUUUUUGCCUGAAAUUCGUGGCAGAGUUGGUGAGCUUAGCUUUUGAACAGUAAAAUCGAUUCUUUUUGGUAACUAUUGUUGUUCUCGUCCAUUUUUCUGUAUUUUAAAGUUAAACUUCAAUGGGUUUUUCGUGAUUUUGUUUGCUUUCAUUGUUAAAGCAUAGAAACAAGCUUUCCAUGGCGAAGCUGCUAAGCUUUUUGAUAUUUUUUGUUUUAGUUUCGAACUCUGUGGGAUCUCUAAACCCGUCUCUAAACGAUGAUGUAUUGGGUCUAAUUGUAUUCAAAGCAGACCUUCAAGAUCCAAAAGGAAAGCUUUCAUCUUGGAAUCAAGAUGAUGAUACUCCUUGUAACUGGGUCGGAGUAAAAUGCAACCCGAGAUCCAACAGAGUCACCGAGGUCAUGCUUGACGGGUUCUCCCUCUCGGGUCGGAUCGGAAGGGGCCUAUUACAGCUCCAGUUUCUCCAUAAGCUCUCAUUAGCAAGAAACAACCUCACUGGUAGCAUUAGCCUCAAUCUGAGUCGCCUUGAAAACCUUAGAAUCAUUGAUUUGAGUGACAACAGUCUAUCUGGGUCUAUCCAAGAUGACUUUUUUGCGCAAUGUGGGUCUUUAAGAGCCAUUUCUUUGGCCAAGAACAAGUUUUCGGGAACGAUUCCAGGUUCUUUAAGCUCAUGCGCCACUCUUGCAUCUAUUAAUUUUAGUUCAAAUCAGUUCUCAGGGUCUUUGCCAUCUGGGAUUUGGGGUUUGAAUGGGUUAAGGUUGCUUGAUUUGUCUAAUAAUUUGUUGAAAGGUGAAAUUCCUAAAGGGAUUGAAGGUUUAAACAAUUUGAGAGCUAUUAACUUUAGUAAAAAUCAGUUUUCUGGGAAAUUUCCUGAUGGGAUUGGAAGCUGUUUGUUAAUAAGAGCUAUUGAUUUUAGUGAGAAUUCUAUUUCUGGUUAUCUUCCAGAAACAAUGCAGAAGCUUAGCUUGUGUAAUUAUCUGAGCUUGAGCAACAAUAUGUUAGCUGGUGAGGUUCCAAACUGGAUUGGAGAAAUGAAACAACUUGAGACUUUGGAUCUUUCUGGGAAUAAAUUCUCGGGUCAGGUUCCUAAUUCAAUUGGGAAUCUUCAGUCACUUAAGGUGUUGAAUUUGUCUGCUAAUGGUUUAAGUGGGAACCUACCGGAAUCCAUGGCCAAUUGUGGAGGUCUUGUAGCCUUGGAUUUCAGUAGGAAUUCAAUACGUGGUGACCUUCCUGCUUGGAUUUUUGGUUCGGGUUUGGGGAAAGUUAUACAUUUGGAGAAUAAGCUUAGUGGGAAUUUCAAUUCUGUUCCAAAGCUUCAAGUUUUGGAUUUAUCAGAAAAUGAAUUUUCUGGUAAAAUUUCAUCUCCCAUUGGUGUUUUGAGCAGCUUGCAGCUGUUGAAUCUAUCAGGGAACUCUCUUGUGGGUCCUAUUCCAGGGACUAUUGGAGAAUUGAAGGAAUUAAGUGUCCUUGAUUUGAGUGAGAAUCGGCUGAAUGGGAGCAUUCCCGUGGAAAUAGGAGGAGCUUUCUCUUUGAAGGAACUGAGACUUGAUAGGAACUCAAUUUCGGGGCAAAUUCCUAGCUCGGUUGGAAACUGUUCUUCACUAACAUCUUUGAUCCUAUCUCAAAACAACUUGACUGGACCAAUACCUGCUGCGUUAGCAAAAAUUACAACCCUAAAAGAUGUGGAUUUUUCUUUCAACAGUCUCUCGGGUGGCCUACCCAAGCAACUGGCUAACCUUCCCAACCUUUCUUCGUUCAACAUUUCCCACAACCAGUUGCAAGGAGAACUACCUGCUGGUGGUUUCUUUAACACCAUAUCAUCUUUUUCUGUCUUUGGCAACCCGGCCCUCUGUGGUGCUGCAGUCAACAGGUCUUGCCCUGCUGUCCUUCCCAAACCAAUUGUUCUUAAUCCGAACUCUUCCUCGGAUUCUGGUCCUGGUGAGCUUCCUCAAAAUAUUGGUCACAAAAGAAUCAUCCUAAGCAUAUCUGCUCUUAUUGCCAUCGGUGCAGCUGCUGUCAUUGUUGUUGGUGUCAUUGCUAUCACUGUCCUUAACCUUCGUGUUCGGUCAUCAACAUCUCGAUCAGCUGUGGCUCUAACAUUAUCUGCCGGCGAUGAAUUUAGCCAUUCCCCCACUACAGAUGCCAAUUCUGGCAAGCUUGUCAUGUUUUCAGGUGACCCUGACUUCAGCACUGGGGCACAUGCUCUGCUUAACAAGGAUUGUGAACUUGGACGAGGUGGGUUUGGAGCAGUGUAUCGGACUGUUCUUCGAGAUGGACAUCCUGUUGCCAUCAAGAAGCUCACUGUUUCAAGUCUUGUCAAAUCCCAAGAAGAUUUUGAAAGGGAGGUUAAGAAAUUGGGAAAAGUUAGGCACCAAAAUCUUGUGGCCUUAGAAGGUUAUUACUGGACACCAUCCUUGCAGCUUCUAAUAUCUGAAUUUGUGUCUGGAGGGAGUCUGUAUAAGCAUCUACAUGAAGGAUCAGGUGGUCGUUUCCUUUCAUGGAAUGAGAGGUUCAAUAUAAUUCUUGGGACAGCAAAAAGCCUGGCUCAUUUGCACCAAUCAAACAUCAUCCACUAUAACAUAAAAUCGAGCAAUGUCCUUAUUGACAGUUCAGGUGAGGCAAAAGUGGGAGAUUUUGGCCUGGCAAGGUUGUUACCAAUGCUAGACCGCUAUGUUCUAAGCAGCAAGAUUCAGAGUGCACUAGGUUACAUGGCACCUGAGUUUGCUUGUAGAACAGUAAAGAUAACUGAAAAAUGCGAUGUGUAUGGGUUUGGCGUUUUGGUUCUGGAGGUCAUUACUGGCAAGAGGCCUGUGGAGUACAUGGAAGAUGAUGUGGUAGUGCUUUGUGACAUGGUUAGAGGAGCAUUGGAAGAAGGAAGAGUGGAAGAAUGUGUGGAUGAAAGGCUGCAAGGCAAUUUCCCAGCUGAUGAAGCAGUUCCAGUAAUGAAAUUAGGAUUGAUUUGCACUUCACAAGUUCCAUCAAACAGGCCAGACAUGGGAGAGGUAGUAAAUAUACUGGAGCUUAUCAGAUGCCCUUCAGAAGGGCAGGAAGAGUUGGUAUGAAUGUGAGGGAAACUAUAUUCAGUAAUUAUGAGUAAGGAAUUUACAAUGGAUUAUCCGGCGAAGAGGAAUCCGGUUUGUUCAAUUGAUCAAAGGGAAGAAAAAAUUUCAUUGUUGGAAGGUCUUUGUCCUUUUAUUUUUCUUGUAUUGGUUCUUCUCUUGUUUGUUUUCAGUUUAUGCUUGUAGUUUCUUCUCAAUCUUUCAAUUAGAUUACCGGAUUCCUUUUCACCGGCUUCCAUUUUGGAAACCUUUUGGAGUUUUUUUAUCCAGUUACUACUAAUAUUCAGCUUCCAUUUGGCCUUUUGGUUUGUUUC